GUGGCGGCGGAGGUGUGGCGCUGUCCGGGUGGUGCGGGGCCGUGCGGGAGCUGUGAAGCUGUCUCGGGGUUUCGGAGCCGUCCUGGACGUGCGGGGCCAUCCCAGGGCCGCCGCGCCGCGGGAGCUGGACGCGGGAGUAAUUGUUGAGAGCAUUGCAGUUUUGACCUGUUGUGACAGCAGUAUGGAGAGCUGACAUAUUUUGUUGUCCAAGUGUGCCGCAAGACAAAGCCGCGGAGGAGGCGGAGGUCCAUGCGCUUGUUUGCAUUGACGGUGCCGGCGCAGCAGCCCCUCGCAGCCCAGUAGAAUAUUCUUGUCGUGGCAUUGGCACUGGUGAAGGACAGGAAAGUGAAUGGAUCUUCAGGAGCAGAGUUGCUAAAACUGACAGAAAAUGGCAUAUCGAAGAGACGAAAUGUGGUCUGAAGGGCGAUAUGACUAUGAAAGAGUUCCAAGAGAACGUCUCCCUCCAAGGAUUUACGGUGAUGGUGAUUACCAUAGAAUAGUAAAUGUUGUGCCCAAGAAACCACCACUACUUGAGAGACCUGGGGAUGGAAAUUACAGUCGGUAUGAUGAUUACAGUCAUGCUGAGUACAGAGACUAUGAAGAGGGUCGUAGUUUUGCCCAUGACCGAAGAAGUGGCCCUCCACACCGAGGUGUACGUAAGGAUGAAUCAGGAUACAGAUGGGCAAGGGAUGAUCAUCCUACAAGUCGGCAACCUGAAUACAGGGACGUCAGAGAUGACUUCAGAAGAAAAAGCUUCUAUCCUUCUCAUUAUGUGAGAGAUCGAUCCCCUCAUAAGAGGGACUCUCCUUUCUUCAGGGAAUCACCAGGGAGCCGAAGGGAUUCUCCGCACAGCAGAUCUGGCUCUAGUGUCAGCAGCAGGAGCUACUCUCCUGAAAGAAGCAAAGCCUAUCCUUUCCACCAGCAUAGCAGAAGUAUGUCAUCUUUACAUAAAAGAAAUAUUUCUUCUCAGCAAGGUAAAGAGAGGACACUGAGAACAUCGAGAGAUGCAUCACCUUCAGGGUCCACAGCAGUACCCUCAUCAAAGGCCUUGGAGAAGAGCAACAGACUAUCAGAAAAGGAACUUGCAGAAGCUGCAAGCAAGUGGGCAGCUGAAAAGUCAGAGAAGGCUGAGGAAAGCAAUUUACCUGAAAUAACAGAGUAUGAUGCUGGAUCUUCAGCUCCAUUAUAUGUCGAACAAACAGGGGAAACGGAAGCAAAUAUAACAGAUAGUACGGAAUUAUAUGAGGAUGGCCAGUUUCUUGGUCGCUCAAAAGCAAUUGCAACUAAGACAAAGGAGAUUGAACAGGUCUACAGACAAGACUGUGAAACCUUUGGCAUGGUAGUGAAGAUGCUAAUUGAUAAAGAUCCAUCAUUAGAGAAGUCCAUUCAGUUUGCUCUGAGGCAGAAUUUGCAUGAAAUAGGGAAAGAUGAGAUCUUUUUGGAGAUAUGAACCCAAGGCUGUGCUCCUUCGAGGCAGCUCAGGUGGCUGUUCCCUUGUUCACUGUGGUCUCCACAAUUGUAUUGUUCCUACCUGUACUUGUUGACAUAUAUUCCUUUUAAAGAACGUUCUUUUGAAAAAUGUUGUAAAGCAAUAAACUAUUUUUGAAACCUUUACACUGUCAGCUUGUAAAAAAAUGUUCAGUCUGAUGUAUGCAUUCUUAUGUUUUGAUGCUUAUAAGUGUAACUUCAAACAUUGUAUUUUUUAUUAAAAUAAUAAGACAGCUCUCAUUCAUCAACAUAUGCAGAAAUAUGUCUGGUUUUCAUAUAUACUAUAGGAAAGGAAGACUUGCAAAAUUGGUCACAAUUAUGAUUUAAAUAAUCUGUUUUGGUUUAAUUUAAAAAUUCAGAUUAAUUCUGUAAAAUUACACAAGGGGUUAACUCUAGUCUCUGACUGCUAGAGCAACUCUAACUGCUUGAUAUAAGAAGUGCUGUAUUUUUUUAUAAUUGUGCAUUCUGCAAAUGCCUUUUAAAUUUUGGUGUUUUCCCUAUCAGGACUCAUUACUAGUAAGCAGUAUUAUGUAGGAUGGAUUCUAAUUUUUUUUACUGUUUGUAUUUGCUGUGGUUUUGACUACACCAUACAGAAUGUAACUGCAGGCAGCCACUGAGCAGGGAAAGUUCCCUUUUCCUACUCCGUUCCUCUCCCCCCUUACACCUUCUCACCACUUUUCACCCAUCAGUUUUAACAAUAACGAGGCUGUGUGUAAUCUUUAUUUCCGACUUCAAGAAGGAGCAGGAAUUGGAGUGGCAAAGAUGGGAAAGGAAAGUAAGCAGUACCAUCUCUUUAGUAACCCCAGGUAGCUUUGGAUUAGGUGUAAAACAAAGUUGAUCCCUCAGGCCCCAAAUGGACUAUCAUUUCAAACCUAGGUGAUUCUGGGACUACUUUUUAUGUGAUAGAGCAACUUGUAUUUUGGGAACAGUGAUUGAGGAAAGUCAAGAGACUGCCAGUGAAAAAUAUUCAGGACUCGUUUGUGGAAUCCUGACUACUGAAUGAAUGCAUUAAGAUACUGUUUUUUAUGAACAUUUUAGAAAAGGGAUAAUUUGAGUCAUAAUCACAAAGAGGUAAGUAUAAGCAUGAUUGUUUUCUCUACAUUUGCAUUUAGGAACAUGUGAAACUCUAAAAGGACUAAUGACCAAACUCACCAUUUCCAGAUUUCAUCAGAAUGGGGUGCAGAAACAUAAAUGAAAUAGCAUUGAUUUUGCACGUACAGGGUACUGAAUGUGUCACAGCAUCUUGCACACGCAAAUCUCCCUAUGGUGUAUUAAGUAUUCAUUGCAUCAGAUUCCUGAGAUGCCUGGUUAGUUCUCAUGUCAGUAGGGUGCAGUUUUGCAGUUGGCUUUUGUUGGUUUCUAAGAGUUCACAUUGCUCAGAGGAGAUGACUGCAAGUACUCUGUUGGCACCUGUGUGAGUCGCACAGUAGUGGGAAUCAGCUCAUGGGCCUUACAGGAUGCUAAUUUGGUGAGGGAGAGAGGGGAAGAGAGGCAACCUGUUGUGACACAGUAGUGAGACCUGAUGCACCCCUUCUGGCAAUCUGUUUUACCAAGAUCAGUUGUGAACUUGAACCACAGGCAAAGUUUUCUCUGAUGCAGAAGCAUAACUACAGCACUUCACUACUUGUCUACAGGACAGAGAACCUUUGGGGUGUUACAUCAGAGUUUCUGCUUUGGGUUAGAAAUGCUAAUGGAAAAAUACUGAAAUUGUGUGUAAUAUAUUUUUGAUUAAAAAUCUCCAUUGUUACUGUACAGUUUGUUAGGAGUUUCCUUUGUUAGAAUUUAAUAACUAGUUUCCUAGUUAUUAAAUUUACCAUGAUAAAAGUA